UUCCCACAACAGCGCCAUCUUUUCCAGAGGCUCCUUUAGCUGCGAAACUCCCACAUAGGAAAGGAAAGGGUUAAGAGGGUAUAAGAAUCCGAUCGAUGCCUUCUCUCCCACACGUCGCCAUGAACAAAUGAAUUCGCGGGGAAUUAAAUACCAGUUUCACAAAGGAGAACGAGUCUUGUGCUUUGAACCCGAUCCAACCAAGGCUAAAGUCUUGUAUGACGCUAAGGUCCUUGAUGUCUUGAUAGGUACAGAUGAACAUGGGAGACGAGUCCCAAAGUACCUGAUUCACUUCAGCGGUUGGAGCAGAAGCUGGGAUCGUUGGGCUGCCGAGGAUCAUGUCCUAAGGGACACGGAGGAAAACCGCAAAUUGCAACGUAAGCUGGCUCGCAAAGCUCUGGGGCGCAUGAAGAGAAAGGGAUGGACGAAGCGGCGACAUCGUCAGUCUGGUAACAAAUCUUCUCUGAAGAUUCUCCCAAAGGAGGAGGACAGCGAUGAUGCAUGUUUGAUUUCGACCUCAGACAGCAGCGAAGGGGACGACUCGGAGCCUGACUCUUCGAACAGCGGCGACAGCACCUUCUCGGAAGACGUCAACAAAAUGCGGGUCGAGCCGGAAGUUAACGUGAAGCGAGAAUGCGAGGAGAAGGUGGUCCACGUGGACAUCAGCAUCCCCGAUGUUCUAAAGAAGAAACUGGAAGACGACUGCUUUUACAUCAACAAGAGGAAGAAGCUUGUUAUGGUCCCCUGUCAGACCAACGUGGUUCACAUCCUGGAGUCCUACGUGAAGCACUUUACGAUCAACAAGGCCUUCAUGGCCAACGAGCGGUACCGGCGGCAACAGAACACCACGCAGAGCAGCAGCCCACAGACAAUUCCCCCGGAGAGGAGCGAGGAACUUUGUAAGGAAAUGGUCGACGGGUUGAGGAUCACUUUUGACUUCACCUUACCCAUGAUCCUGCUGUACCCAUGCGAACAAGCUCAGUUUAAGAAAGUCACCUCCUCCAGGCUGCUCCUCACGGUCAACGAAACCUCGCCCAGCUCCAGCAACGCCCAACGAGAACGUAGCCCAAGCCCACCGGCUCACAACCCCCCCACGCCUCAAUCCACGGACAGUCAGCCGGCGUUGAGUGACACCUCCGCCGCCACGCCCACGGCUCCGGCCCCCACGCCGAAGCGCCGCCGCCACCCCGACAUGGACUGCAUCUCCUACCAGUCCUCCCAGUCCCAGUCCCUCAGGCGCUCCACCAGGAACACGUCUGGUGGAGAUCGGCCCACCGAGGGAAGCAGCGGAGGUGGAGGGAGCGCUACGGCUUCUCCGCAGCUCAAACGACGUCUGAUCGACACGUCAGCGCAACCCAAGUUCUUCCUCAACCUGGAAAAAAAAACCCCGGUCCACAGUGGCUCAUCAUCUCCGUUGCCGUUGACGCCAAGCAAAGAAAGGAGCGGACUUUUCUGCGGCUUAGAGAGCCGCAGAAACAAUGAGCUCAAUGAGGUUCUGAGCUGGAAGCUAACUCCUGAUAACUACCCCCUCAACGACCAGCCUCCUCCACCCUCCUACCUCUACGGAUCCCAGCACCUCCUGCGGCUUUUCGUGAAGCUACCGGAGAUCCUGGGGAAAAUGCAGAUCCCUGAACGGAACCUCAGAGCCCUGAUCAAACAUCUGGAACUCUUCCUCAGGUUUCUGGCUGAGUUCCAUGAGGAUUUUUUUCCAGAGUCUGCAUACGUGUCGGCGUUGGAGGCCCACUACAACAUGAAACAACCGAGGCCGGUUUAUUAAAGGAGGAACGGACAGCUUCUCUUUCUCUCUCUAAGCCCCCCUGCAGCAUCUCCGGGCAUUUCCAUCCCUUCUUCUGCUCUUCUCUAACAUGCUUCCUCCUCCUGCUGCUGCUGCCGUGUGGAUCCUGUUACUUCCCCAUCGCUCCCGCAUGCGGGACUCCGACUUUCUGCUUUGCACUAACGUGGAACGCAUGGUGAUUUCCAUGAAUUCCAACCUGCGGAAGUCUAAGGUUCUCACGGCUAUUCCUAGUUUUUCUUGCAUUUUUCCUAUUUUUCUUCCCGAACGGCAAUUUUGGAGUAUUCUUUGAAGAACAAGGGGUAAAAAGGACACAGUGGGGUGUUGCUGUUUUUCUGCCUGCCUGUGAAAGGGGAUUGUACUUCUGUUUGGAAGCUUAGCUCUUUCUGAAGAGUGACUUUGUCCAUUUCUCAGUGGCCCAGAAUAUUACCAGACUACAACAGGACUUUCUCUUGCUACCCUUGAUUUAUCUUGCUGCAAUUUCCAAAACUUCUGUUCAUGAAUAUUGUCUCUUUCCUCCUGUUUUUUUUUUUUUUUAGCAAAAUUUACUCUUUGAAUGUUUGUUCCAAAAAAGAAAUUUGCUCUUUCACUUUUUUUUUCCAAAGACAAAUGUGUUAUUCUGCAACUCCUCCCAGUAAAAUUUAACUUUUUAAAAAAAGCACUGGUGUGUUCUGUUUAACAGUGCACAAUUUUUUUUAUAACAUUAAAUCAGUACAUCAAAUACGAAGAAAAAAAACAAACAAAUUUAAAGAGAUAUUUUAGAUUUUAUAGUAAACUCCUACAAAACUGUGUACAUACUCAUUCACUCUGGAUGUAAUAUGAAUACAAACCUAAUCGGAUUAUCUGGUGAAAAUGUAAAUAUGUACACGAUACCCAUAUGCUAUUUAUUUUUCACUCUUGGCAGAUCCUCAAACUUAAAGCAAAUAAUCCAAAAUGUUUUAUAAAAGUUGUAGGGUGUUUGUUUUUUUUCCCCUAUAUUGUGGCUGUUGUUUGUACAAACAUAAAUAAAACAACUUUUUCUAAAA